GCCAACGGUGGCAAGCAGCCGAGCGGUGGUGUGUGUCAGCAGGGCUGCCGCGCGCGUUCACACCCAGUCCAAGAGUCGACCGCGAGGGGCAGUUUUUCCGCGGUUUCCCCGGAGAGUCGCGGGCCUCGGCUACGACGUAUUCGCGUCCGAAAAAACGCGCGCCCGAGUCUCGGUCGUCGUCGUCGUCGUCGUCGUCGUCGUCGUCGCCACCACCACCUUCCUCCCUCUCGUCCCCUGCACUCUCAGUUAGUCGACUCGCGCUAUUCGGCCGGGGAUUGCGCCGCUCCCCAAGGUGCAUCGUGUCGCGGCCCGAUUAAGGGUGGGUGGUUGCGUGCCGUUGUCGCGGUAGAAGGCGGAGGCAGAGUGAUCGAAGACCAGGACGUUUGAACAGCAUCAGCGGCGGUGAAAGUGAUAGCUUCGGAGUCGCCAUCGGUGCUGGUCCUGUCAACGUUCGUGGAAGCAGCACGAGGAGGAUCGUCGAUCAUCUCCGACCUUCGACUUCCACAUUUUUUCCCGCGGAAAGGAGAGCGAAAAGUGUCAGCAUGUCGGUGCAUCAGGUUCGGUCCUCGUGAAGAGAGAAAAAGCGGCACGAGGGACGUGCAGCUGUCACUUCCGCCUCGCGUCAGAAGGGAUCAUACACGAUCAACUUGAAGAAGCAUAAGCUCAAGACUCACCGUAUCGGAGUAACCGCACGUAAACAUCGCCGUGUCUUCCUGAAGAGCGGCCGCAAAUUGCGUAUAAAAUGAUCCCCGUCUUGGAGUCUCGCGGCAAGUCGGAGACGUCGUCCAGGACUCUCGGUCUCGCGUGGUAGCGCUAACCCGCCCGACAGGAUCCAAGAAGGAGCGACAGCGUCAACGUGAAAGGAGCAGCUGGUCGACGCGGAGCCGAUGCGGAAGGACGACGGCGGCAGCAACAGGAACAACAAUAACAACAACAACAACAACAACGACGACGACGACGAGGACGACGGGACGAUGGCCGGUGGUGAUGCGUGGACGAGAGAAGCGGAGCCAGUCGAAGCGGUGAUCAAUAAUAAGACGCUCCGGCUCGCCGCGAGAUUGUGAACCGGCGAUCGCUGACACUUGACAAUCCUGGCUCGCGCGACACGUCUCCGGAAGGAUGUAGGGGAGGGGCCCGCGCAAUCGGGGCCCUCGUCGUUUCAUCCCCCAUGCACCCCCUCGCGACGACGAUGGACCCUCUCGCGAGGACAACGAUCUGAGGGCGAGUGCGCGAAAAGGAAAGAAAAAGGGAUUCAGAGAGAGAGACAAGACGAGAGUUUAUUACGAAAUAAUAAUAAAGUCGCGACACCCCCGGUUGGGUGAAGUGUCCCGUGAGGGUGAAAAGGAGAAAGCGCGAAUAUAAGGAGGAAAAUAAUGAUGUGUUCCUUGGUCCAUCUCUCUCUCUCUCUCUUUUAGGCGGCACCUCGUUCAUAUAUCGAGGGUGCAUCUUUAUAGUUUUCUCGUCGUCGUAUAUAUAUAUAUAGUAGAGCAUUUUUUCUUAUAUACCACUCUCGUGCGUGUGAAAGCAUAGAUGCCUUAGUGUCCGUUUAGAGUCUCGAGGUUUUUCCGAUCGCGAGUUUCUUAUACAAGCACUUAUAUCGAGGAGUACGCAAAUCGAGGAACCACCGAUCUGGGGGUGAAAAAAAUCGCGAAAAAUCGGGAGAGAGUUAUAAGUGCCGCGAAAAAUAUAAUCGUUGUUAGAAGAGCCGGCCAAGUUAGAGAGAGAGAGAGAAGUAGGUCACGAGGUCGAUACCAAAAUGAAGUGAGGAUGCGAAGAGGAAACACGGGAAAAUGGCAUGUGCUAACGACGUUAAUAACGGCGGGCUGAUUUUUCGGGGCGGACCCGAACCGGUGUAGAUAGACAGAGAGAGAGAGAGAGAGAGAGAGAAGAGAGAGAGAGAGAAAGAGUGUCUGUGGGGUGUGUGUGUGCGCGCAAAGUAUAAUUAGUGAUUUGCACCCCGUCGUGCACGGCGCGCGCGCGCGCGCGCGCGUGCGAGCGUACGUCAUCUCGCGUGGAGUGUCGCGCGCUCGCGAUAGAUAGAGAGAGGUAAUCUAAUAGCGGACUUACCCCAUCCCCUACACCACUGCGCUCUGCACGGAGGAUAAUUACUACGCGAAAAUGGUCGAUCUAGGGGGAUACAUUAUUAUAUUGACCAACGACGACGGGAAGAUCAAGCUGUACGGCUCGCCGGCGGACAGUGCGGAUACUUUAGAAGUGGGCGAUGAGAUUUUGGAAGUGAACGGUCGCACCUUAGAAAAUGCAACUCAUAAUGAAGUCAUCCAAUAUAUACAUCAGUGCAUCAAGUCUCGAACGAUAUGUCUGCGUGUUCGGAGAAGAAGCGGCAACAAAAUGGAAGAGCUGGACGGGCCAAACGCUGGGCGGAUACGAGACGCCUGGGUUAUCGCCGUCGAAAGGAGCGCGCGAGAGAGGCUGCAGAAACUGACGGCGCUGAAGAAGAUCCAGCCUCGCGAUAUCCAGGCGAUUUUACAUCAGCAGAUAAAUGACGCGGUAGCGUCCACGAGCGAGGAUUCCGCUGCGAAAGACGUGUCGAAUGGUCAAAUUACGGUCACUUUGGCAGACAAGGAAUUGGGCACGAAUGCAUUCUCCACGAAGCUUAGCAACGGUACGAUUCCCAAGGGAUUAGCGAGAGAGGCUGACAUUCGAGUGGAACACGUCUCGCAGGAACGAAAGGACGCUUUGGAAAAGCAGCAUAGCUACGAAGAGGCGAAUCUCUUGCAACCGGUGCAGGGCGGAAGGAUCGGCGAACGUCGCUCGAGCAGCCCUUUCCAAAAUGGUCGGACAGAAGUGCUGAUCGGCGAACCGGAGGGCGGCCCGAGGUCGCCGCGAGGAUCGACGUCUUCGGCGGUGAACGACGGCAAUUUCCUGAAUCCACCGGACGAGCGAGACGAACCAAUUUGCAGGUCCCGAAGGCGUAGCGGAAGUGGCGUGACGGACAUACACUCUCAGCAACAGCAACAGCUGCAAGAGAACAACAACAGCUCGCGCGACGCGAAGAAGCCGCAGGAGGGACUGGGGCCCGAUGAGAUGUGGGCCCCUGGCGCCCUGGGACAUCAUCGGGAGCUACCUGUUGAUGUGCCCGACACCCUCUUACAGAAGGCCUAUCCCAACAAGGUAAAGAUUUGCUCUUCCGAUUAUAGGAACGGGCUGCAGCAUCGUCCCCGUAGCGCUAGCGACCUCGACCUAUCCCUAAACCUUAAAAACGAGACCCUUAAGACGCGCACCACACCCGCGGACGGACGCCCCGGACACGAACUGUCAAACGACGACGUCGACGCGGCCUCACGGUCGAUCAACGGUCUUCGGUCGAUGCUGAAGAUCGAGAUGAACAUCGAGGACGAGAGGACGAAGAAGAUAAUCGAGGACACCAGGAAGGAGAUAUCGCCUGGUAUCGGCGAGUACCGGGACAGUCCGCUCUUGAUGAGCACCCUGAGGGCUCUCGGGGAUUACGAGAACGUUCACGAGGACGUGAACGGGCAGAAGGAGUCCGGCGUCGACGUCGAGGACGACUAUCCAUUUGCCAAAGAGGACUAUCCGACCAUGUUGAAACCCUGCAGCGACGAUUCCGCGAGUCCCAGAAGCUCCUCGGGUAGAUCCGACAGCACCGCGCCUUUAAACACCAGUUUGAGGUGCGAGCCCGAGCCUAAUAAGAAUAAGGAUAAACCCAAGGACGUGCGACACACGUCUUACGACGUACGUAGGAUAGACCUCGGCUCUCCGUGCAGGUCGGUGAUGCCCGACAUCAAGAUACCACCGCUCUUCGGCCGAUCUCGGGACGCGACGUCCUUCGACAAUCCGGCUUACGGGCUGACGGAUCUGCAGGAUCUUCAGGGUCUCCUGCGAUCCGACGAGAUCUCCGACGUGACCAGACUAAUAGACGAUCAAUGCUCGGCCGUCCCGAGGAUCCCGAUGGAUCAGGACAAGGCGUUAUCCUCCGUCGUCGAUCCUGCCGAGGAUCAUCAGUCGGAAUCCUCUCGAAGCACGAUGGAGAUGACCCCUAAAUCCGGUACCAAGAAUACGAAACGUAGCGCGAACGUGGAAAGCGAGCGGGCGAAGCCGAAGACGAGUCGUCGUCUUCUACGUAGCCUCGACAUCGACGAGUUGGUCCGGACGGGCUCGACCGACGAUCUCCUCGGCAUUGAGCUGACCCACUUCACAUCCUCCUCCUCGUGCGCCUCGACGACCCGGCCCAAGAAGAAGCACCGGCAUCAGCAGAUCUCCAGCGGCUACUCCACUCUGAGGAGCGAAGCGUCUGGCGAUCUCGAACGCGGAAGUGACGUCGAUCGCAGCUUCCUCGUGGUCUCGAACAACAAGUCCUACCGCGAGGUCGCCGUGGACUGUCCCCCGGAUUUUGUGCCGGUUACUAAGCGCCAUCCGGUAUACCCGCCGCCGAAUAAGACCGCCACACCCAGCGGCAACAGCAAGCACAACACCCUCGAGCCGAGACGCGAUCGCACCCUCGCGACCCCCACGACGAUGACGUCAACGACCACGACGACCACCACCAUCACAACCCCCUGUCCACCCCCGAAUGACACUGCUAGUCGUUACACGACGCUGUCUAGCAGCGCUAGGGAGAUAGCCGUAGUCGCGUCCGUAGACCGUAAGCACGACGCCAGAAAGGCCGGUCUUAACGGGGUCAAGCCUGCCAUCCCGCCUCGCGAUCAGAAGAGAGCGCCCGCCAGACCGCCGAAGGAUAAUCUACGUCUCUCUACGCAGAACAAUAAUGUCGAAACGAGCGAUAACGCCAAUACAACCGAGCCGACGCAGCAGCAGCUUCACUCCAUCAGGAAAUAUCAGGAACAGUUACGGAAACGGAAGGAUGAGGAGGAAAGGCAGGAGAUGCUCAGCCAUUCUCUCCGUGGAUCCAAAAAGCUCCAAGCCUUGGAGAGCCACGCGACGAGUCUCUCCGGCCAGGAGAAUCUUGCCUACGCACAGGACGAGGUGACCACCGUCAGCCGGAUCGCACAUGUCACUCCAAAUGCGGUGCAAGAAGUCAAGGAGCCUCCCAGAACCCUCACGUACGGCGAGGUAGUUGCUACGCUCGAGAGGCUGCAGCUCCAGCUGCAAAAUAUUUCAGGUGCUCUCGGUAUAUCGGGUGCAGGUGUCGAUACCGAACUCAAGGCAGUUCGCGCACUUUUGGUGCAAAACGAAUUUGCGUCCGCCCUGGCGACGCGUCACACUUUGAAGAGUCGGCUGAGGACGAGCAAGAUUUUCAAACAUCACGCCGAUGACGCGUCAACUUUGGCACGAGAUUGCAUGGAUGUCUUGGAGAAAUGGCAAUCGACCUCAACAGGUGUCGGCGGCGCGGAAACAAUAGCCGCCGUGGAAGAGUUAACGACCAUUCUCACGAGUUACGACAUGGAGGCUCUGCUUCUCGCGCACGACUCCAUCGUUUCGUACGUGGACGGUUUGCAAAGGAAACAGAGUCCAUCGUCAUCGCCGCCGAGCUGCCCGCCCAGCCCGACGUCCAGCUCAAGGGACUCCCGGGUGGUCGACAACAUCAAGAUCAUCCGGAUCGAGAAGACCAACGAGCCACUAGGUGCUACCGUCAGAAACGAGGGGGACGCGGUGAUCAUAGGUCGCGUUGUGCGCGGCGGCGCGGCGGACAAGUCGGGACUCCUGCACGAGGGCGACGAGGUUCUCGAGGUAAACGGCGUGGAAAUGCGCGGCAAGACCGUCAACGAGGUCUGCGAUAUCCUCGCCGGGAUGCAGGGUAGUCUCACGUUCCUGGUCCUCCCGGCACCGAUGAGCCAUAGAAAUAAUUUAAGGAGGGAAGAGACGACGCAGAUACACAUACGAGCGCACUUCGAUUACGAUCCGGAGGAAGAUCCGUACAUACCGUGUCGAGAAUUGGGCGUGAGCUUCCAAAAGGGCGACGUGCUUCACGUAAUUUCCCAAGAGGAUCCGAAUUGGUGGCAAGCAUAUCGAGAGGGCGAAGAGGAUCAGACCUUGGCCGGCUUGAUACCCAGCAGAGCGUUCCAGCAUCAACGAGAGUCCAUGAAGCAGACGAUAGCCGGCGAUAAGUCGACGGUCCGAGGCUCGAAGAAAUCCAGCACGCUUUUGUGCGCGAGAAAGAAUCCAAAGAAGAAGAAACGGAAUAAAUUUGGCUCAAACUUCAACGACGACGGGUACCCUCUUUACGCGACAACUGCCAUAGAUGAUUACGACAGCGAGGAGGUGUUGACGUACGAAGAAGUCGCCUUAUACUAUCCUCGUGCAAAUCACAAAAGGCCAAUCGUACUCAUCGGACCCCCUAAUAUAGGACGACACGAACUCAGGCAGAGAUUGAUGCAAGACAGCGAACGUUUUGCCGCAGCGAUUCCUCACACAAGUCGUCCGAAGAAGGAUUCCGAGGUCGACGGCCAGGACUACCACUUCAUUUCACGUGCUCAAUUCGAGUCCGAUAUCCUUUGUCGGAAGUUUGUCGAGCACGGCGAGUACGAGAAAGCGUAUUACGGUACGUCCGUGGAGGCCAUCAGGACAGUGGUUAAUUCCGGGAAAAUCUGUGUCUUAAACCUACACCCUCAGAGCCUCAAGAUCCUGCGAAAUUCGGAUCUGAAGCCGUACGUUGUGUUUAUCGCGCCUCCGAGUCUCGAGAAGCUGCGGCAGAAGAGGAUCAAAAAUAACGAGAGCUUCAAGGAAGAGGAACUGAAGGACAUAAUCGAGAAGGCGCGCGAGAUGGAGGAUAAAUAUGGCCACCUGUUCGACAUGCUUAUACUGAACAACGAUACCGAUCGAGCGUACAACCAAUUGCUCACGGAGAUCAACUCGCUCGAGAGGGAACCUCAGUGGGUGCCCGCGUCUUGGAUCCUUCAGUAACGUAAAGCAGUUCAAGACGAGGAUUUCUGAGAACGCGUCUCUUUCAGGAAGAGGAUCGGCGAUCGGUAGGCCAGUAUCUGCGAUUUAUCCGUUUGCGAGACAAGUGCUUUCAAGCAAAUCUUCCAAGCGAGACUUCGAGCGAGUCUGCUAGAAAGCUUCGGUGGACCGGUUCUUCUACAGGUGCCUGUUACAAUAUAGUUUUAUGUUUCUUACGCGAAUCUUUUAAAAUCUUUCCCCGAUCCCUCCGGUUAUACUGUACCGCAAGUAUUACCCGCCUGACAGAGUCUUCCGCGUGUUGUCGUACUUUGGUGCCAUGAGAUGAAGGAUCAUCGGAAGCGGUUUUCGAAUGGGAGGAAACAAAUUGGAAGAAGAGGAAGUUCUCUUUUGCAGACUUUGCGUUCGGUAUAUGAAGAACAAGAAAAAAAAGUAUAUAUCGUGUUUUAUGUACGUUCGCGAAGGCUCAGGGUCGCGACGCCUCGGAUUCGAGUAAUCGUGUAAUCAAAUCACGGACGAUUUCGUCGGCCGAUGAACUUUUAAGUUUAAGUUUCGCGCUCGAAUCUCCCGGUGCCGCGGUUCGUUGCCUACGUCUCUCUACCUACCUUAUUGACGUCUCGAGGUGUCUCGAUCCAGGCCGAGGGACGUUCCGUACGGAGUUUCCGAGGUGUAUAUUUACGGGGUUAUAUUCUCUCUCAGACUGACAAAAUAAAUAAAAAAAAAAUAAAUAAAUAAAACGAUUAAUAAAUAUUAUAGACACGCGAGUAUAUACAAAGGUAUCAUCCCGCGGUGCGUGAAAAGCACAUCUGCCGAGCGUCUCGCUCCUUCUACCGUAUAUUAGCCCGUUCUUUCGUGAAGGAAGUGUACCUGACCUGAUGUCUCUCCUGAAAAGUUGCAAAAUUUCUAACGGGGGGCUCGUGAAAACGUUGUGUAAUUUUCUAUGAUCACACGCAUACAAAAUAUAUAAUAAUACACGCACGUAUACGUUUUGAUAAAUUUUGAUAAGUGGAAGAGGAAAAACACUCGAGCUUUGAUCUUUCCAAAAAGAAAUCCCCAUUCAGCGUAGCAAAAUGCGUAUUAAUAAUAAAUGACAUUAACAUUAUUAAAUACAUAUAUAUAUAUAUAUAUUUAUAUAUGUAUAUCGCGCAAAUUCCCGCGUAGGAUUAUUUUUUCUUGCGUUGUUUCUCGCGAACGAGAUACGAUAUAUCACGCAAUUCAACUUUCAACUUCCCGCAAAAAAUUAAAAAAAAAAAAAAAAACGAUCAUAGAGAGUCGCAUAUUUUUUCACGUGACUGUUGAUUAGAAAUUUUCCGCCGAAUCCUGCUAUAUUCUAAUAUCCGCCAAAAGGAAAGCUGUGUCGUUGUAAAGAGAGAAAAAAGAGGGGAAGAAAAAAGUAAAAAAAAUAAAUAAAUAAAUAAAUAAAUAAGAAAUACGAAACGACGAUCCCACGAGCAUAACGAUGUACACACAAUUGUAUUUCUUCGAACGCAAGAGGAAAAAAUAAACGCGCGUCUGCGAUCUCGAAGAAGACUGCGAAACUCGCUAACCGUGUUUUACCGUUUUCGCCCUAGACGAUUCCGUGUUUGUUUAGAGAGCAGAAACUCGUGUGUUUCUAAACCCGUAGAUUCGUUAAACGCAAAUAGAACUUAGGCUCUCGAAUCUCCGUGCGAAAUCCGAAAAUGCAGGAAGAGCUCUCGGAAGUUUCGCGCACAAAAGAAAUAAUAAUAAACCAAAAAAAAAAUAUACGAUUGUUUCUCCUGAGUGUUUUUUUACAGGGAGCGAUUAUUGUGCGACGCGAUCGAAUAGGAUAAAAAAAAAAGGUGUUUAUCUGUGUCACUGUAUCGCUACUUGAAUAGGAAUCGACGCGAAAUAAAAAAGAAAAAAAUAAAUAAAGGAGUAUAGAGUAUAUAUAAAAUAGAAGAGAAACCAUCGUGGCGUUUCGUUUUCGGAAAAUUAAACGGUAAAUGUGCGGUAAAAAAUGCAUCGUAGCAAGUGCGCGACGUGUAUCUUGCAGGUAUCCUUGCGUUAGCAAUAAUUGUGUAUUAUCGGAAAAAAAAAAAAAAAA